AUGUGUCAGGACAUGAAGGUGUGGAAGCAAGUGUUUCAGGAAUUAAUUCAGGAGCUAAAACCGUGGCACAAAUGGACCCUGACACUAGACAAAGGCCUUCUUCCCAACGUCCUGAAGCCAGAAUGGGCACAAUACCAGCAGUGGGUCUUUGCCAGGUUCCAGUGCUCCUUGUGCUCUCGCAGCUGGACCUCUGCCCAAGUUCAGGUCCUUUUCCACAUGCACUGGAGUGAGAGGGAACGCAGGGGCCAGGUGAAGAUGAGGGUCUUUGCCCAGAGAUGUCGGAAGUGCUUCCAGGCUCCGUUUGAGGCUCCCGAGUUCAUAGAAGAGAACAUCCCAAGGAUCCUGAACAACCUGGUGCUCCGAAUUCUGAAGAAAUGCUACAGAGAAAGAUUUAAGUUCAAGGAGGAGAUUCCUACCAUCAAGGAAAUCUCUCUUGAGGGGCCACACGACAGUGACAACUGCGAGGCGUGCCUGGAGGGUUUCUGUGCCCAGCGCGAGUUAGGUCCAGGCACGCGGCCCCCAGCAAACCCGUCACCUCCCCCGAUAUGCUCACCUUCCAUCGCGGUUGCCGCUCCUGUGCCUUCCCCCAAAAUGAGCAGCUCCACAGCAGACGCCCGGACGGGGGAAACCAGGGUAAAGAAAGAGAAGGUAUUACCCAGCCCCUGCUCUUCUGAGCCCAUGCAGGCUGCCAGGUUACCCACUUGCUGGAACCCGAGAGCAGACACCCGCACCUGGGUGGAGACCAUAGUCCAGGUCCCUUCCUCAGAUGAGGCCUCUCUUCCCUAGUC